AUGGUAAAAGAUAUACAGAGUUUAAUUGGUUUCCUCAAAAAAAGAAAUGAUAGAAAAAUUUUGCCCAAAAUCCAAGAAGACACUGAAAGGCGUCAUCUUUUCAAUCUGGAUUCCCAAAAAUUUUCUGAAGAAGAUAUAUCUAAGCCUGCUACAAUAUCUACUGAUCCUAAUGAGACAUUUAAAAAUCCAAAUGAACUUCCUCCUUUAAAAUAUAAAGAAGUCUGGCAAAGAGCGAAGAGAAAGCUUAUUAUGAGUAUUAGAAUAAAAAGGUUACUUAAAGAUAAAGAAAUUUAUGGACCUUCUAGUGCACUUUUUAUGGGGCGUGAUGAACAGGUGGAAGCAGGGGAUGCUUACUUUAGGAAAAAAGCAUGCCUAAUUUUGUCACAUGAAGGUACAAGUCUGUCUGAGGAAUCGCUUCCAAAGGCACAUAUUAUUUUAUUUAGACAAAAGCUCAUUUAUAUUGAUUUUUCAUUGAUUGAUUUGCUCUUUUAAUGCUCGAUAUAAAACAGCGUAUUUUUAAUUCAAGGCUCAUUUCUAAUUAAAAUACGCUUGAGCCCUUCCAAAGGGUAUUAUACAUCCUGGCAGCAAAUGCAAAGCAUGCUGGGAUAUUUUUGUAGGAAUAAUUUUAUUGUACACGGCAAUAACUACCCCAUUUGUAUUAGCAUUUGUUACAACCUCAGAUUUUGAUUUUUGAUUCUGGAUGGACUUUUUUAUUGAUCUUUCCUUUUUGUCUGACACAAUAGUACAGCUUAAUACAGCUUUUUAUUCAAAAGAAGGAAAACUUAUGUACACAAGGAAACAAAUUUUUUGAAAUUAUUUAAAAGGGUGGCUAAUCAUCGAUGUUUUAGCAUCAAUUCCGCUCGGGAUGAUUGAAGCUUUAGUUUCAGUAGGAUAUCCAGGUGGUAUCAAUCAUUUUAUCAAAUUUUUUAGGCUAAAAUCAUUGCCAAGGCUGUUUCGGCUGUCAAAGCUGACUAAAUUUAUGAAAAAUAAGGAAGCAGCGAGCUAUAUAGAAAACAUUCAAGGCGCUUUUAGCAUAAACUACACGGCUAUGAGGAUGAUAAGUGCUAUUUCUGCCAUAAUUAUAUGCCUUCAUAUAGUGGCAUGCUUAUGAUUUUAUACUGCAAAAGCAGAUGAUUUUUCGACUGACACAUGGGUGUUCAGAUACCAUUAUUUGGAUAACGAUAUAUGAACUCUCUACCUUACUUGUAUAUAUUGAGGCACGGCUACUUUAGCAACGGUUGGCUAUGGCGAUAUAGCUCCUUAUUCAAAUUCAGAAAAAUUUUUAGCUAUGUUUUGGAUGGUAUGUGGGGUCUAUUUUCUAUCCUUUACAAUUAGUUCUUUAUCUACAAUGCUUACCAAACAAGAUCUUAAAAAAAAUAUAGUAGACUACAGGCUAUCAGUUGCUGAUGAAUUUGUCAAAGAAGCAAGAAUAUCGGGAGAAAUCAAGAAAAAAAUGCAAAAAACUAUAAGACAAUUCACUGAGAAAAAUGGAUUUACAUUUGAUGAAAAAGAAGAACUUAUUAAUGAGCUCCCAAAGCAUUUGCGAUAUGAAAUCGCAAUGAAUAUGCAUCAUGGUGCUAUUCGUUUAUUUUCGUUUUUUACGCUAAAAGACUAUUCAUUUAUUGCGAGUAUAGUUCCCUAUUUACAGCCCUUAUUAGUAGAUGUUAAUGAAAUUAUCUGCAAUGUAGGUGAGGCUCCUCAGAAUAUUUAUUUUAUUGUUAAUGGUAAAGUAAGCUACAUAAAAGACAAAGAAGGAAUAGUCUAUCGCACACUCCAACAAGGUCAUUAUUUUGGCGAUAUUGAACUUGUUAAGAAGGUCGCGAGAAAAUACAAAAUUGUUGCAAGCACUGAUACAUUUUUACUAAUCAUGGGCAAAAAAACAAUAGAAAAAAUCCAACUUGAAUUUCCAACUGUUUGGAAAGAAAUCGGGAUGAUUGCUGAAGAAAGGGACAGAAAAAUCAAAAAAGCUUUAGCUGAAACGUUAGCUUUAUAUAAAGCAAAUAAAGCGGGGAAAAUCCAAGACCUAAAAGCGGAUGAGUUUAGGGAGCUUAUUAAUCAAGAAAUCGGUGAAGAAAAUUGUGAGACUGAAGACGAAGAAGGAAAUUUUAAAUUUUCUAUAAGAAUGAGGAAUAAAGAAAUUUUGAAGGUAAAAAAACAAAUAAAUAAAAAUACAGAAUGCUUAGAAAGAAUUGAGCAGCUAAUGGAGAAAAUAAUGCAAAAACAAAAAAAAAUCCCGAUAUUGCCUUCUCCACCUGUGAAUUAUAUAAGGAGGUCGCUUAGAGGAAGCCUGCCUCAAAUUAAUAUAGGAUCUAUUUCAAGAAAUCCUUUAAUGGAGACGUCACCGAGCAAUUUAACUGAAGACACUGCAUCUUAG